CUGAAAACGUCAUAAGAAGAAACCGUUUCAGUGUCCGCUUUAAGUUCAUCUCAGAGUCCGAAAGAAGGUCCCGCGUUAACGGAGCAUCUCAGGGGUCUGGAGGGGAAGAGGAUGACAAGUUGACUGGCCGCCUGCAGGGGAAAGAACACCUGAAGGAGCAGCUCACCUGAUCAGAUGACGCAGAGCCCUUCACCCGCACGCGCUGCUGCUGCUAACAUGCUAGCGGUGGUCGGUCAUUUUGCUCACAGAUGGAAUAAAAGGCAUUAUCCCUCCACUGCUGCAGGGACUGGCUGAAGUCCACACUACUCAUAGGAAUCUUCACUGCUCCGAUUGCAUCGUGUUUGGAGAAGCGGUCAAAGUCGUAAACGGUCAUCACAAGGGUCUUCCCGCCUAACUCAGUAACCCGGGAUCCGUCUCUGCCAAAGCUGCUGACGUGAAGGGAAGUGCCGCACAGACAGAGAGAGGGAGAGACAGAGGUUAAUCACCAUGCCUGGACCAGUGAUCUUUCGUCAAAGACAAGAGACAAGCAGGUGUUGAGUUGUUGGCACCAGAAAAAGAGCGUGGAAAGGAAAAUUGCCGGCGCCUUUGUUGUUGUCUCACCGGACAUCAAGAAGAGGUUUUGGAGAUGUCAAGAGCAGAAGUUCUACAUUUGAAUCAUGUCCUGCAGACCGUGGGCAUCCUGGAGUCUGUCAUUCUUCGCAGUUUUGGCCCUGAAGGUGGACAGGUGCUGUUUACCCGAGACACAGGACAGGCGAUGUUGACCCGCUGUGGGAGUCGUAUUCUCACUGCUUUACGCUUGGAGCACCCGGUAGCACGGAUGGUUGUGGAGUGUGCCUGGAAGCACAGUACAAAAACUGGAGAUGGAGCGAAGACUUUCAUCCUUCUGCUUGCAUCAUUGCUAAGGAGCAUUCAAACAACAGCCUUCAAGGAGUGUCUCAGAUCUCACACCUUCAUCUCCCGGGAACGAGCGGUGACUGCUACUGCCAGACGAUUGGCGGAUGACUUGAUGACCUUCGCCCUGCAGACGCUGGGGCAUCUUAUCUGUCUAGAAGUCGUCCCCAGUGGUCACUGUCUAGUGCUGGAGGAUUGCACCGGAAAAGCGCAAGACUCAGCUGGAACAGACACCCUUCAAAAAUUGCUGGCUUCAUUCUUUCAUACCCGCGUGGGUCAUAUCCACUGUGAGUUUGUUGCUGAUCUGCUCUGCAAGAUGCUCUCAAAUUGGACAGUUAAAAAUGCAAAGGGGGAUCACUUCUCACUACAGUUUUUAAGUGACAGCUUUGCAGUUUUGCACACCCCCGUAUCAGGUUUUCCUCUGUCUUGCUCACGUUUGAUUGAGGGGCUGGUGAUCCACAGGGACUUUGCCACUCCAUAUCACCACACUGACCAGCCAGUAAAAGCAGUAGCGUUCACAACAUGCCUCCACCAAAAACUGCUGAGUACAGACUACGUCUUGCAGCUCACAGGUCAAAUGCAUCUGACCAAAGAAGGAAGUCUUGUGCGUUUUGGAGCCUUAGCAGAAUCAACUGUGGAAAGGGUAUUUGCAGCCUUGGAAAAGUUGGGAGUUUCAUUUAUUCUUUCUGCGGUCAAACAGUCUGAAGCUGUUCUGACUUUAGCCGCUCAGAGGGACAUGAAUGUUGUUGAGUGUGUAAGUGACGACGAGCUGAACCUCUUCGCUCAACUCAGCAAGACCAAACCAGUCACGGAUUACCAAAGCAUUCAAUCAGAGCAUGUAGCUACACUGGAGUUCUGCAGACCCAUACUGCUUGGCGCGCACAGAUACGUUCAAGUGGAGUUUCCUGAUAUCUAUGGACAUGCAGAAGUUAAACCUUGCACUGUUGUGAUAUGUGGCUCUGCUGAAGGCCAUACGGAUCAGUACGCAUGCGCAUUUAAGGACGCCCUACAAAUGCUGCUCACAACAUGGGAGCCUUUAAAUUCAACGUUAACUGCACCACCAAAGAGAAGAUCAGAAUCUGGCCUGAAGGAAGGAGCCAAGUCUUCUUCUCAUUCUGCCCUGACUCAGACUUUGGAUCCAGGCUGGGUCGUAAGGGCUGGUGGGACUUUUGAGUUCCUCUUGUACUGCUCUCUAAUGCAGCAUGCACAGACUAAUUUCAUUUAUAAUGACACUGUGGAUCCUGAAGUUUAUAAGAUCUUGGCAAAUGCCCUUCUAAGCGUGCCCAGGCAGAUUUACUCCAGAAGACAUUUUUUGAAGAUUCAAACAAGAUUCCUGAGCUCUUGUAAAAGUCCCUCUCAACAAAAUACACCAAAGCUGGACUCAAGCCUCCACACAGAGGGUCAUCAAACAAAUUUGAAUAUUAAUGGGACAAAUGAUACUCCGUCAAAAACCUUUGGGUUUGACUCGGGUCUUGAAUCAGUUUCCUGUAAAUACAAGACUGUUUUAGCUGUGCUGCAGUGUGUCAGAAGUCUCCUGCGGGUUGAUGCGAUCGUGCACACACACACUGCACUACACACCAGCUCGCACAGACCCUCAAACAUUUCCUGUGAGGUCCCUGAGGACGAGGACUAAUGUUGUUUUGUCGUGGCUUUGAUACAUACUUCCAUGAACCUACAGCACUAGAAACCAACAGGCCUCAAUUUGGCUUUGAGCAUAAUAUUAAUUUGAAUGUGGAUCUUUCAGUUGUAUAUCGUUAUGCUUGAACCAGAAGUGGGCGUUCAUUCAGUUGAAAAAGUCUUUGAGUCAAUUCUUGUUAAGUAUUAUAUGUAAAAAGGAAACGGAAAGAAAUGAAGGCAGCAUUAAGAUAACUAACAUUAUCUGAAAGCUAUAGAGGGAAAAUGAUUUGACACUAAGAUUUUGAUGUAGGUUUAAAAAAAAGUAGUAUUUCACUCAAAAUACAAUAUUCUGAAACAAGAUCAUCUUAAUUCUGAUCAAAAAUUGUAACUGUCGAUUUAAAACAUUUGAAGAUGAGGAAAUAAUUGGAAGAACUGCAAACAUGUCUGUCAAAUGCCUAAAGAAAUAAUAAAAAUAGCAGUCAUGCAUGCAUUUUUAGAAAGACUACUACAUGCAAAAUUUUCUGUCAAAUUAAGAAUUGUUACUUUUCAUGUAAUCACUUCCAAAACAACUCGCAGAAAAGUCUCUUUGUGUUGGUUUAUAUCUUGAGAGCAUCAUGUUCCUUGUUGCCUUAUCUCCUGUUGGUUUGGCCACCUUCCAUUGACAUGCGCAAUAUCAAAGUGGGAAAAAAGCACAGCAACAGCCAAGUCACAGAGGUUCAUGUCAGAGGCAGUUUUAUGUCCUCCUGAUCAGACUACACCCAACUGUCAGCAGCCGUAUCAACACCACAUCCUGCCCUGUGAUCAGAUGAGGUUUGGGGGUGAAGAAGUGAGUCACUGAGUGCAAAUUAAUCACAUGUAACAACAAAUCUGCCUUUUCUACCAAAUAGUUCGUGAUAAGCCUUGCUUUGGACUGGGUGACAUGAUGACUAACUCUUGUUAGUCCUCCUCGUCGGUCUGGGAAUUAAGCUUUUUUGUUUUGAGCCACACCUAUUCAAACAAUGAAAUGCCAUUUACUGUGUGACUCAAUAUUUUGUUCUUGGGGGGGGCUGUGGGUAACUAAUGGCCUCUAGGAGUUCAAAAGCCAUUUGGUGCUCCAAUGCUGUGUGGUGUGGUGGUCUGUCUGUAGGUUGACAUCUCAUCUGGAGGCAUCGCAUUUCACAUAUAAACAGACACCAAAAACCUUUUGUCUGGAAAACCCACAGAGCAUAGUGACAACGUACAAAAACAACACAGGCUCAGAGAUUCGAAGUUAGGCCAUGGUAUGAAAACUGUGCCACUUUGCCUUUAAAAAAAUUCUAAAAUCAUCUUGGAACAUUUACUGUAUAAGACGCAUAUGGCCUACAAGGAUAUGUUCCAUUCUCAGCCAUACGUUCUUAUCGAGGUAGCAUCACAUUCAGUUUAAAAAAACAAAAAAAAGUUUUGAAUAGUUUACUUAUUUUUUGUGCAAUAUGGGUUGGUAUGCCCAUGAAGACUCAAUAUAACUACAAAAAAAAGCAAAUACAUCAUAACAAAUAGUGUGUCUCAGUAACAGCCUUACUGUGUCACAGGGUGGUAUGUACUGUAACUGAGGGAUGGGCAUUAUUUUCAUAAAAUAUAUUUUAUUUAGAGAAAACACAGUCUUGUAUCAAGUGCAUUACUUUAUUGAUGAAAUGAAUGAGUAUUUAUUUAUCUCGACAGAUGUGAGCUCAAUCUUAAACCAAGUUCUACCCAAUUAUGUAUCAUUAUAAAAGAGUGAGACACAAAUUGGUUAAUACAUGUUGUUUUAUUUCACUCUUUUUAUUUAAGUGUAAAACCGUGCUUAGGAUUUAAAUCAUGCCUGUCUGUUAAAAAAAAACUACAUUACAAAACGCAUGGUCAAACCACAUGUGACAAACAAGUUAAUAUUUACAGACAUUUGGGUUUUUUU